AUGGUCCUAAGCAAUGCGGUGAAGCCCAGAUCAACAACCAUCCUGGUUGACCUCGGGGGGAUCUUCAUGCACCCGCAAGUUGAGAACAAGCUGGAAGCUCGUGACUCUACCCUUUCCUUGCGACGGAUCAUGUCUACUUCAGUCUGGAUGAGCUACGAAUGUGGUCGGCUCAGUGAGCAGGAAUGUUUCGCAAAACUUGCCGAGGAAUAUCAUUUUCAGGCAAGCGACCUGGCGGAGAUGAUCCUGAAGCUCCGCAAGACUAUCACCUACGACCAGGCUGUUGCUUCAAGUUUCAAAGAAGUCAAACGGACAGGAACACGCAUCUUUCUGGUGUCCAAUAUUUCAAAAGAAGACUAUGCUGCAUUGCGGGAAUCCUGGGAUGACGACUUUUGGUCCAUCUUUGAUGGCGUUUUUACGUCCUCUGCCCUCGGUGUUCGAAAGCCUAGCUUGCGCUUCUAUCGUCACGUCCUGCGAGUCACACGGGCAGUACCACACCAGACCUUUUUCGUAGAUGACAGACCUGAAAAUGUGCUCGCGGCGCUAUCUGUUGGAAUGAGGGGGACUUUUGAAACCGCAAAGCUCUACAGUACGCUCACAAACUUCAUCGGCGAUCCUGUGGCACGAGGUCUUGCAUUCUUGCGGCGUCAGAAGGGGGUAUUUCCGACAACGACCCAGCAUAAUGAGACGAUCGCUGAGAAUUAUGCUCCACUCCUGAUCUUAGAAGUGAGCCUAGUGAACCUCAAAUGCCCGCCCCGACUCUGGAAUUUCUUUAGUGGUGACCCAAAAUACACAAGUGACACCUACCCCGAAGAUCUAGACACGACGUCUCUUGGCCUUCUAACGAUCCCCCUUGACCCGGCAAUCGUCCAUUCUAUACUAGAUGAGAUGCAUGAUUAUAUCGACGAAGACGGAAACGUGCAGGCAUACUUCGACCACUCAAGGCCACGUGUCGAUGCUGUUAUAUCUCUGAAUGUUCUGACCCUAUUUCACAAGUAUGGGCGAAGCCACGAGCUUCCUGGCACAAUGGAAUGGAUCUAUAGCAUUCUGCUUAACCGAGCGUACAUCAAUGGGACGCGCUACUACCCCAACGCAGAGUGGUUCCUCUAUUAUAUGACACGUCUCCUUGGUGUUUCCAGUGAUCUUACUCUCAAGGAAAGGUUCGAACCUCCUCUUCGGACGCGGGUGGCUGAGCGGGUCGGGGCAAAUGGUGAUGCGUUUUGCCUUGGCAUGCGAGUAUUAGCAUGCAAUUAUCUCGGAAUCGAAAAUCAUCCUGAUCGCCAGAAACUCGUCGAUAUGCAGCUGGAAGACGGCGGUUGGGAAGCCUCUUGCAUGUAUCUGUUUCCUGGAGCUAAACGUGAGGUCGGAAAUAGAGGAACCAGCUCUGCGUUUGCCGUGAAAGCCCUUGAGGAUUGGGCUGAAAGAUGA